GUCAUCUUGUCUGCUAAAUAUAUUUCUCAUCUACAUUGUCGCCAUGCUAUACUUUAAAAAGUGAUGCCGACUUCAGAGAAGUUUGUUUUUUAUUAAUAACUUCUUUACAACAAUCAGUUCCACAAUAUUAACGUGAAAUGCCUGGGAUGAAAUGGUUUUGGACAUUUUCUGUCCUGUUAACGUGUUGGAUUUUACCUUUCCUUCACGCUACGGUAAAGAAGCGAUCCUUGCCAGUGUUCUCUAGAAAUAUAUUAAAGAUUAUAUCGGAAGAAUAUUCUAAUAGAGAACAAUUUCGUGAAAUAUUAACUCCUCUAUUGGUUGAAAGAGUUCCAGAUACUCCUGGCAAUACUCAAGUACAACGGUUUAUUGAGGAAAGAAUGACAAACCUGGGUUGGACCAUAACAAAAGAUAGAUUUGUUGACACAACACCAUAUGGAGUGAAACAUUUUACCAACAUCAUAGCUACCUAUAAUCCUAAUUCACCAAACAGAUUGGCUUUAGUGUGUCAUUUUGAUUCUAAACAAGAGAACUAUAAAUUUGUUGGUGCUACAGAUUCAGCUGUACCUUGUGCUAUGUUAAUAGAUUUAGCUACCAAUUUAGAAUGUCUCCUAGCCAAAUCCAGUGCUAAUGCUAAUGUACCAGAUACAACAAUAGAGAUGAUAUUUUUAGAUGGUGAAGAAGCAUUCCAACGCUGGUCUGAUACAGACUCUAUAUAUGGUGCUAGACAUUUAGCACAAAAAUGGAAAUUAACUCCCGAUCCACAUGAUCCUUCCAAAAAUAUGUUACAGACAAUUACUGAUUUUGUGUUGUUAGAUUUAAUAGGAACCUCUGAUGUUCAGUUUAAAAAUAUGUUUAAAGAAACAAAUAGAUUAUAUCAACAUUUAUAUAAAAUAGAAAAUAAAUUGUUAAAAUACAAUAAUUUAGUAAAAACUAAUGGUCAGUAUAGACCAUAUUUUAUGAACGAAGCACCUCGCAGUCAUGGUAUACAAGAUGAUCAUAUACCAUUUUUACAUGAAGGUGUCAACAUUCUUCAUUUAAUCUCUGUGCCUUUUCCUAGCGUAUGGCAUCGUGAAACAGAUGAUCUCCAACACUUAAAUUUUACUGCUAUUGAUAAUUUUAACAGAAUAUUUAGAGUUUUUGUUUCUUCUUAUCUACAUCUGGAAGCUGAUCAGAAUUCUUGUAGACGAAAGUAG